CGGCCGGCGUGCUUUGCGCCUGGCCCCGCCCCGCGCACGUGUUCGGUGACCCUGGCGGCUGCGGCGGAGAAGGUUUACCGUGGUGGCAGCCCUCAUGGCGGGUCCCCUGUGGCGGGCCACUGCAUUUGUGCAGAGACACCGGACAGGCCUGUUGGUGGGUUCCUGUGCGGGUCUGUUUGGGGCGCAGAUCUCGUACCACCUCUUCCCAGAUCCUGUGGUCCAGUGGCUGUACCAGUACUGGCCUCAGGGCCGGCCGGCCCCCCUCUCCCCAGAGCUGCAGGGCCUCUUCCAGGAGGUGCUGCAGGACAUUGGUGUUCCCUCAGGCCACCACUUCGAGGCCUUUACCACCUUCACCUUCCAGCCCGUGAGCGCCGGCUUCCCGAGACUCCACGCCGGGGCUGUGGUAGGCAUCCCCGCCAGCUUCCUAGGUGGCCCGGUAACCAAGGCCGAUGAGCCUGUGGUGGUCCAUGGGCAGCGAGUAGACUGGCAGAACCCAGCGGGUGCCAGGCUCAGAGAUGCCCUGACCUUGUCCCGCGAUGCCCAGAAGUUCGCCUUGGCCAGGGAGGUGGUGUACCUGGAGAGCAGUGCGGCUGCCCUGCAGGCCCUGCCCGCCCCCGCCUGCCUGGCGGGCACCUGGGCACUGAGCGUGGUUGCCAAGCAUGCCCUGGGGCUCUACGGAGGCCCCUUGAACUUACGGGCUGCCUUCAACUUGCUGGCAGCAGUGGCCGGCUUUGUGGCCUAUGCCUUCUGCACGGACUCUCUUACCCAUGCCCUGGAAGCCUGGCUGGACUGGCGGGCAGCCUCCCUGUCUGUGGCCUAUGCCUGGGGCGGAGUGGAGUUCUACGAGAAGGUUCUAUCCUGCAACCUGGCCCUGCGCAGCCUCCUGGGCCGGCCUGGGGAGCAGCUGUAUACACCCAGCGGGAACGUCGUGCCCAGACACUGGUUCCGCAUCAAACACUUGCCCUACACAACCCGCCGGGACUUGGUACUGCAGCUGUGGAGGGCAGCACACAGCUCCAGCAGCUCCUGAGGGCCUCCUCCCCAGGACUGGUCCAGCUCCAGCCAGUGCCUUCCCACCAUGGACUCUUGGGGGGGCGCCCUUGGGGCCUCUGCGCCCAGAGCCCGGGAUCAGAAAAUUCACAGGCUUUGGAGUUAAACAGUCCAGACUCUACCCCAGUCCACCAUCUAUGAUCUCCAUGACCUUAGGCCCAUCCCUUUUUGAAUCUGAGCCUUGGUUUCCUCUACUGUGAAAUGGGAGUGAUGCGAACUCCUGAUGGUGUUGUGGGGUUGCAUGAGAUCAUGAACGCAAGGUCCUGGGAGAGGGGGUGCCAUGGGAGAUCCUUCUUUCUGGCUCUUGGAAUCCAAAGGGCUGUGGAGGUCAGGCCACAUCCUCCUGCGAGAGGUGAAGCCAGCUCUUUCUUACAGCGAGGAAUCACCCCAUCAUUUGCCUGGUGGUCUGAUGGCGAUCUCCUCGUACUGUGGUAGAGAUUAAAACCUCUGAGAGGCCAAGGUGAGAAGCUGGUGUGGGCCUGAUAGCUGAGGGGUGACACAGGGAGAGGGCCAGGGGACCAGCCAGGCUUGAUGGGGUCCCAGGAGAACCCCUGGGUGAGAGGAUGUUGCCGGAACCUAGUGAGGCCUGCAAAAGUGUGGCUGAUGAUGCUUGGAGAGCAGGGGGGCCAGUGAGGAGAGAUGGAGAUGGGGUGAGCUUGGCUCACAGCAGCAGGGAGAACAGUGGGGUGGAGGUAGGCAGUGGGCCAGACCUGGUGUCCACUUGGGCAGGACCCAGGGGAGGCUGCAGCCUUACCCAACCUGGAGCCCUGCGGUGUAUAGAGCAGACCCCACUUAUGAUCCUUGGCUAGAGGGCACUGGCUGGGAAAGUGAGGAGCCUUGUGAUGAGCAAACCAGGCUUGCUUGGCCAUCCCUGCAUUCUUUUUUUUUUUUUUUCUUUAUUUUAUUGAAGUACAGUUGAUUUACAAUAUUGUGUUAAUUGCUGUACAGCAGAGUGAUUUGGUUGUACAUGUAUACAUUUUUUCCAUAUUCUUUUCUAUUAUGGUUUAUCACAGGGUAUUAAAUAUAGUUUCCUGUGCUAUACAGUAGGAUCUUGUUCUUUAUCCAUUCCAUUAUAUUAUGGUUUGUAUCUGCCAAUCUCCAACUCCCAAUCCUUCCCUCCCCCACGCUCCUUCCCCUUUGGCAACCACGAACCUGUUUUCCAUGUCUGUGAGUUUUUCUGUUUGGUAGAUAGGUUCAUUUGUACCAUAUUUUACAUUUU